UUCUAGAUCAGGCGCGUCUCUGCCUUCACACAUCUGUCAGCUUCAACAGCCAUCUGCACAGUUAGCCAGGUGCAGUUUAAACAAUGUCUUCUGUUGAAGAAAUUUCCUACUCCGUGGCGGAGAAUUUGGAGGAGGACGGAGUAGAAGAGGAGAACACUGUCGAGGAGGUGGAGAUGGAAUAUGAGGAGCCUGUUAAAGGAGGCUAUAUCUUCUACAGGGACAGAAAAGAGUGGGCUGAUCUAGAACCCGUGCCUCAAGAUGAUGGACCAAACCCUGUCGUUAAAAUAGCUUAUUCAGAGAAGUUUACAGAUGUGUUUGACAUGUUCAGAGCGCUCCUGAAGAACGACGAGAAGAGUGAGAGAGCGUUUGCAUUGACUGCUGAAGCCAUCGAACUCAAUGCUGCAAAUUACACAGUGUGGCACUACAGGAGAGUUUUACUGCAGGAAGAGAUGAAGUAUAUCACUGCCAUCAUAGAGGAUCAGCCUAAGAACUACCAAGUCUGGCAUCACAGGCGGAUGGUGGUGGAGUGGCUGAAGGACCCGACUGAAGAACUGCAGUUUGUAUCAGAAACUCUUAGUCAAGAUGCCAAGAACUACCAUGCAUGGCAGCACAGACAGUGGGUCAUCCAGGAGUAUAAGCUGUGGGAUGGAGAACUGGAGUAUGUGGAGGAAUUGUUAGAGGAGGACGUGAGGAAUAACUCCGCUUGGAAUCAGAGACACUUUGUGAUUAGUCACACCAGCGGAUACUCCGACCCUGCCAUCCUCGACAGAGAAGUGCAGUACACCCUGAAACAAAUCAAGAAAGCUCCUCACAACGAGAGCGCUUGGAAUUAUUUAAAAGGGAUCCUGCAGGAUGGUGGGCUCUCCUCGUAUCCUGGACUGCUGGAACAGGUGACGGAGCUUCAGGACACAUGUAGUUCUCCAUAUCUCACCGCCUUCCUGGUCGACCUCUACGAAGAUGCUCUGGAGACCAAUAACUCCAGCUACGACCAGCAAGAAACACUCAACAAGGCUUUGGAGCUUUGUAAGCUCCUGGCCGAGGAAAAGGACACCAUUAGAAGGGAAUACUGGAAUUACGUGUCCCGUUCUCUGCAGAAGACGUAUGGCUCAGGAGACCCUGUUUCCUCCUCCUCUGACCCACCACCUCCUCCCUCGUCCCAGCAGCCCGACAUGGAGGCCAGUGACCCUUGAGGAGAAACACAAGCCUGGACACAUGCUUAGACAGAGAAAUUCUGAGACAUGAUAGACUCUUUAUCUUUGUAUGAGUGCUUGUGUGUGCAGGCUUUAACAGCAGCGCUUGUAAGUCAGAACGGUGUCAAACUCCAAGUAGCCAUAUGCUUAAACAUGCUCAGAAGGAACUGUACAGUGAAUGAAAUGGACUGUGGGAGUUUGGCAGUUAAUCAUACCACUCAAACUUAUGUUUUAGUUUUCAGAAGUUAAAAGUGUCAUUUAUCAGAACGAAUACGUUGCCAACAUGCUUCAGGUGUAGUCAGAAACUUUUCUUGCCAAAGCAUCUUCUGGUCUGUGUUACCAAACUCUGCUCAGACUGUCACUGUACACGCUUUUUUGUAUGUUCAGAAAUAAUGAUGGAUAAUGCUAAAGCUGAUUGACUUUAUUUCUUUUGUCUUACAUUUCCUGGUUGAAAUAGGAUCUGAAAGUGACUCGUUACUAGAAGACUGUUUUUAAGAGUUGUCUAAAGUGUUUGAUUUAUAGGCAGGUUUCAGAUUUCAAUGCAAUUUUUAGCAGGAUACUUAACCAAUAUUAUACUUAAUCUUUUGGUUUUUAUCACUUUGUUUUAUUCUGUGAAAGAAAACGGCCUCCACAGCUCAUUGCUUUGCUGUCAGGACAGUACAGGUAUGAGAAAGUCUGUCUUUUAUAGCUUCCAGUGAAGGAUAAUUCUACUUCGUUAACUUAAGCUACUGUUUGCUAUUAUGAGUCAUUUUUUUGUUACUAAGCACAGGCUGUAUUUACUCUGACUUCAGCAGACAUCUGUGGGCAAAGACUGGGGUCAAAGCAGUACAGCUUCCCUAAAGUACAAGGGGGUAAUGAUCCUCGUUCAAGGGCACUCAUCUGAUGAAGAGCCCUGUGGCAGGAUCUGAAGUGUUUAUGGUGCAGAGCCCUGGCAAUGAGACCUUCCUGCUGUAGCAUUAGAACAUUACAGUAUUAAGCACAUCAGAGAAAGAGAACAAAGUCAGAAUUGCAAUUUGCGUCAGAGUUAAAGUCCAAACAGCUGAUUAAAAAAGGAAGCAUUAUUAUUGAUAAUGGACUCAGUUUAAAGUUAAAAUGCCUCAAUGAUGAAUUUGUUUCAGCCAAAAUAUUUUCACAUCAAAUUCAGAAAAGAAAAGAAAAGAGCAAUCAAGUCGGCUUGUGUAAGUGAAUGUGCUUAGACCAAAGGCUCUGGAGCUUAAUUGAGAUACACUAUAGUGUGAGAAAAGAGGAUUGUUAUCUCAUUUCCAGAUGCAGACAGGCUGCAGACAUCGACCGUACACAAGAAGAAAACAAUGCCUUCCAAAUCACGCAGAGAGAGCCCAGGACGGGAGCUCACAGAAAGGUAACUUUCCUUUGAACUUUGCUGCAUCUCCACUCAGGCAAACUUGAAAGGAAUGAGGUUUAGAUGCAGCUGGAUGAUUUUUGGUGUUCGACAAGAUGUCAGAGGCAAGUGACGGUGAUGGCUAUUACCCCCGUGACAGUGACUGACUUGUGGGUUACUGGUAGAUUUGGCCCCUGGGACUGUCUGAUCUUAAAGUGUAUGUUGUUGUUUCCUUUUCUGUUCUGUUUUAUUUCCUUUUUCAGGCCUUUGAUCACAUCAGAACAGUCUUUUUAAAUAAACUAUGAGUUCAUUCUU